CUCCACUACCACCGCCACCGCCACCGCUGCCACUCCCCGCACGACACAGCCCUCGCACGGCAGCUCCCCCUCGCCCUCCAACUUGCCACAACCAUCGCGCGUCGUACCGUGCCCACCCCUCGAUGAGAAAGUCCAAACUACCUAAUAGUGGUUAUCAAAGAAACGUGAACCCAGGAGCAGGCUGCACCGUCGCAUCCCGCCUCCUCAGACUCCCCCCACAGAUCAUUCUUCUCCUCGACAGCGCUCCCAAGCCGCCGUAAAUCGACCCACACCCACUCCCCUCAAAAAGGCCAGCAGACGCAGGCAACAAUAGAAUACUCGCCACUCUAUAUAAUAUUUACCGCCCGACGCCCCGCAUGGGAUAAUCUCGCCUCGCUGUACCACACCCAGCAGGUCCGAUAUACUUGUCUACUCUUGUCAACCGCCCCCCUUGCCAAUCCACAGAUUUAUUCGUUGAAUCAAAAAGCCGCACAGGCUCCAGAAACACUCCUAUAAAACUACAGCCAAAAAAGAGACUAGUCGCAAUGAACGCUCUUCGCACCCUUCCUAUCCUCAACCGCCCCUCCCGCCCCGCCUCUCCUGCUCCUGCCACUGUGCAGUCCACCUCUGCCAACGGUACUUCUGUCGCCCCAGGUGACAAGCCUCGCUCCCGAUCCUUGUCCCGCCAAGUGGCGGACAAGGUGUCUUCUCUCUCCACCAACGCCAAUGGCACUGUACCUGCCGCCAACGGCUCCAUGCCCCCUCCUGCUACCACGCAGCCUUCUCAGCCUCUCACCAAGAAGAUCUCUCCUCCUGCGAGCAGGACGGCGACUCCGCGCUCUUCCGCUGCCGCUCUUCCCGUUGCCAACGCCGAGACGGGCCCCGCGGGAGGAUACAUGGACGUCAUCGGGCUAAGGCUCAAUGAUGUCGUCAACAAGGCCUCUGCUGGGGUCGAUUUCAAGGCAAGGAAGGGGUUCAGGAAGGGAAGUGGUUUCGCUGUCGGCGAGGCCGUCGUCAAGGAACUGCCUCAGCCUCCCUGCGACGCAUACCUCAUGCGCGCCGUUCUUCGCACUGCUGUACGCUCCCUCAGCAUCUACUCUACCCGUCUCGAGUCGCUCCUCCUCUCUGCCCUCACCGACACGUCCUUUGUCUCUCCUCUCAACCUCUCUGCCCCCUCCGCCACUUCCCACCCUCUCAACCCGGUGCAGUAUUUCGCCCUCUCUGUAGCCCAUGCGGCAUGGGAGACAUGCGAGACACUUGAGCAGACACUCGAGACUGGCAAGUGGCCAAAAUUCGUGGCAGAAACCUUGAGGCCAGUGAUGGACAAGAUGGACCUCGUGGUCAGCAAGGUCGUGCAGCCCAUGACGUUUGGGCUCAAGAGAGACCUGGUGGCAAGUUUGUCUCGAACGGAGGGGAUCUCUCCUCCAGGCGUUAAGACUGUAGGCCUCGCUUCCAUUCCUGCCCCUACCAACGCUGCGCCCCAGCCUGCCGCCGCUCAACCCGCCUCACGCCUCACCAAAGAGUUUUCCGGUUCGGGCGCUCCUCGUCAGCUCGUCAUUCCUCCCCCUCUCCAGCACUUUGCUUCACGUGUCGAUGGGGCGCGCAAGAUCUUUGAGAUUAUUGCCAAGCCGUGUGCGGAUGAUGGAGAAGUAUGGGUCACUGGCGUCAUGGUGGCGGUUAUCUGGAAGGGCAUCUGUAUCCUCGCAGAGAAGGGCAGUGCGCCUCUGGGAUCGAGACCCCCCAGCCCGAGUAGUGUCGCCCGGGCUCUUGCUGGUCUGGGCAAGGAAAAGGAUAAGGAGCCUACCGUCACUGCGUCGCCUUCCCUCCAGGGCGUGACUGCUAAACUUGCUUCGUCCCUUUCCAUCAACCCUUCCCGCUCUGCCUCUCGUGCACCUUCGCCUCCCAGGCAGAACGGCAAGCUUCACCCCACUACACACUCCCUCCUCUCCCUCGAAGGACUCGUCAAGCGACUUGUCAGCGGCCUUGUCCAGCCGCCCUCUCCCACCGACGACGCGGACGAGCACAUUGCCCGUGAGGCCCUGUCUGAAGCUCUCGAAGCGCUGCAGUCUUUCCGAGUCAUCGCUUCUGCCAUGCACUCGGGCAUGGCCCCCUCUUCUCGCAUUCUCGCAAGCGCCCGUCGUCUCCGAGACGACGUCGAGGACCAUGCCGAGGACGAGCUCGACGACGCCAUGGAAGACUUGCAGGACGUCAUCCUCUUUACCGUCCUCUCCCGCCAGGCCAACCUUGUCCUCGCAGGCGUGCCAGGGCUCGACAGCGAAAAGGGCGAAGCGCGUAUCCGCCACCCCUCCGACAUCUGGGGCUGGACCAUGCAAGAGUACGAGCGCCAGGUGCUUCCCGGCUUUUCCACCGCAGACGAAUGGGGCCGCCGGGUCGCUGUCGCCAUCAAGGGCGAGGUCGAGCAUGUCCUUUCGCACCUUGCCUCCCUCUCUGCAUCUCGUGGAGAAAAGGUGGGCAGGGGCGAUAGGCUUGGAGAGGCGGUGGAAUGGGUCAAGGCGGUUGGUGUGGCUUGUGAUGCCAAGUGCGGCGUCAAGGUCGCAGAUGCGGUUUAAAUCCCGAAGUCCAUCAAAAGUUUUCACUGGAAGAAGUAAAGUCUUUUUGUAUACAUGGUCGAGUCUCGUUGGCUCGGUGUGGGCUUUGGGGUCGCUAUUCUUCUUUAUAAAACAUUCAUCAACACAAAAACAGAUAGAUAUCAUGAGCUUUCCUUUCUUCUUAUACCAUCAUCGUAGCAUCUUUCUCAUCAAAGGGGUUUACCAUACAUUAUUCUUCUCUCGUCCCAGGUUUGUUUUACUGUUCAUAAAUGCAUUCGACC